GUGUUGUUUAUUGAAGAUGCAUCACGUCCCAAACCAACACCUCAAAUCUUAAAAUCCCGCCAAUAUCAAACCGGAGCAAAGUUUCGAUUUUCGAAUCCUCGGCGGCGUUUCAUCGUUUUCCAUAAAAUUAUGAUUUCAAAUUCUCAACAGAAACUGUUUCUUUCAAUUCUUUUGAUUUCUUCAUCGUAAAAGAUUUUGCGUUUUUCUAUCACAAAAAAUCUAGGGUUUGCUUUAGAAAAAUGAAUUUGGGCGAUCUUAAUAAGGUAUGGGAAAUCAAAGCUCUGAAGCGUAAACCCAAAAAUGAAGAAGCUAACAAGAUUCUUGAGAAAAUCGCUAAACAGGUUCAGCCCAUUAUGCGUAAGCAUAACUGGAGAGUUAAAGUUCUAUCUGAAUUUUGUCCAAAAAGACCAGCGCUUUUGGGAUUGAAUGUAGGAGCAGGGAUACAUGUAAAGCUGAGGCUUCGAAGACCGAAUAAUGAUGAGGAAUUUUAUCCUUACAAUGAAGUUCUGGAUACUAUGCUUCAUGAACUUUGCCAUAAUGCUCAUGGUCCGCACAAUGCUAGUUUUUACAAACUAUGGGAUGAACUUAGAAAGGAAUGUGAAGAUUUAAUUGCUAAAGGGAUAAGUGGCACAGGAGAAGGGUUUGAUCUCCAUGGAAGGCAAUUAGGAGGCCGUCACCCACAGCCAUCCAUGUCGUCUCUCCGCAAAACUGCUGCAGCUGCUGCUGAAAAUCGAGCACGUCUUAAAUCCUUGCUACCAUCUGGGCCUAGACGCCUGGGUGGUGACCAUUCUAUUAAGUCUGCACUUACUCCAAUUCAAGCUGCAGCAAUGGCUGCAGAAAGGAGAUUACAGGAUAAUAUUUGGUGUGGUUCUGAAUCGUGUGACUUAUCAGACUUAGAUGAAACUUCUGAUUCAUUACCUGAGCCUUUACCACUAGGGCAUACUUCUGAUAGAUCCAAGAUCUCUAAUGGUUUUGAUGCACUGUCUUCCAAGGUAACAUCUCGAAAAAGAAGUCGAGAAUCAAAUUCUGUAUCAUCCUCAAAGUCCUUGCAUGGCCAUACUGUGACUAAACCAGUAUCUAAGCCCCUGUCUAACCAUGAUAAAGAAAUUGCUCAGAGAGUUGGUCAGGCAGAAAGGAACUCUCAUACUGUGCCAUCAAGAGGUUAUCCAGAGUCUUUUAUUGAUUUAACUGGCAAUGCUUCAAGUUCUACAUCAAUGCAUGGCCAUGAUGACUUACACAGUCCCAAGGAAUCAAUGAUGUGGGAGUGUUUGAUGUGCACGCUGUUGAACCCACCAUUAGCUCCUGUGUGCAAAGUUUGCCAAACCCAAAAGCCCAAAGAUGUGGAUGACAGAAAUAGUAUAUGGUCAUGCAAAUUUUGCACCCUGGAUAACAGUCUAAAGUUGGAUCAGUGCACAGCCUGUGGAGAAUGGAGAUAUUCUCACGGCCCUCCUGUAGCAACAUCAGCACCCAAUCUUGGCACUUGAGGUUCUUCUGUAGAGAAAGGACAUUGCCAUUUAGCACUCUGUGGCAGAGAAAUGGAUGUGCUGAUUUUGUCUCAAAUUUUGGAGUUGAAAUCCUCGACGCGUCUUCUAAAGGAAUGACAUUUGAACAGAGCAUGCCUCACUAAUUCAGGUGGCUGUGUAGAUAGACCCAGAGAGUGAACAUCAAGUUUUUCAAAGGAUGAUGAACAUGGAAGUUUUCAUGGCUGAUGAUAUAAUUAUUUCAUGGCCAAAUUAUCAAACCCUUAAAUCAAGUUCAACACGAACUUGAAUUAAUUGUUCAUGGUGAGCAAAUCCGAAUUAUUAUUAUUAUUCGUCAAGUGUUCAUGACAGAUAGUUCAGAUUUAAGAUCAAGCUCUAAAACUUAAAAAUCAAAAUAUUG